AUGGACGAUGAUCAUGAAGAAAUGCACUACAACGCAGCGGCAGUGCUCAUCAUUGAUGUCGGCCUGGAACAAAGCAAGCGUAUGAUAUCAAGGGCCCGUUACGUUGCCCUUUCUUGGGGCGGUAUGAUAGCGUCACUAUCCUGGUUGUCGGACCCCCGCCGCCUUGGCGAUCUCCUGCAGGCAGGCCAGUGGAGAUUGCCGCCUUGGCAGUCUCCUGCUUUUCGACCUCAGGUGAAUGAUUGCCAAGCCUCUUUUCCACCAUAUCACCUUUCUUUCAAAGCCGCUUGCGUUGGCCUCCAACCAAAGGCGAUAGAAAUGAACAGCAGAUGUACAAGGUGGCACGACUUCUUAGUCAGCGUCGCAGCGUUCCAGAUAUCGUCGUCAACCCUCGAGGGGACGAUGGAAAAAUGCACCGCUUGGACAUCUGGAUACACUCUCUGCUUGAAUUUUGGCCACGUAUACUGGUACCAAUACUUUUUCAAUUGUGAUCAUCGAAGUAAGGCUUGGCACGAAGCUAGUCAGGUCCUGCUCUCAAAAUUAUUCUCAUUCAUUCUCAUCUGUCUACCACAAUUACGACAGCGAAGCCACAGCAACCCAAGACACCUCCCCGACGCCAGCUCGACCGCUAAAUCCCAUCCCACCGACAUAGCCGAUCCUGAGCAUGCGCAAUUCGGAGUUCGGGGUCGAUCGAAGCGAAUCUGUAUGAACCCGCACGUCAGCCGAAGCUGUGGAGGCGGGGUGUCGCUCAGAUAUAAAUGGCAUUGGUGCAAUCAUCAACACGACUUCACCUCCCUUCUGGCCUGGGAAUGGGCUGAAGCUGCAGAGCAUCCGAAGCUGUGGAGGCGGGAAACUCAAGAGGAUAGCAUUGGGAAAUCAUCAACACGACUUCACCUCCCUUAUGGCCUGGUCAUGAUGGGACACAACCGAUCCUGGUUGUGCGGAGGGACUGGACUGAAGCCGCAGAGCAUACGCACCGAAGCUGUGGAGGCGGGGUGUCGCUCAGAAAUAGUUGGGAACAUCAUUGAGGAACUCAAGAGGAUAGCAAUAAGUUGGGCAGUCAUCAACACGACUUCACCUCCCUUCUGGCCAGGCAAUGAUGGGAUACAGCCGAUCCUGGUUGUGCCUGUUGAGGACGUUGGAGCGGGAUACAGCCGAUUCUGGUUGUGCUCGUUCAAGCCGUACAGAUUGUCGAUCCGCAGAUUGUCGCCAGGAGAAUCUAAGAAGCAGGACAUCAGCCAUGAAGACUGGUACAGACAGGCGCGCAGCCGGAAUCCAUCAUUCGCCAGGACCCUGCCUUCUGAAAAUUCUCCUGGGUCAAUCAAUGCUAGACUUGUCGAGGGAAGAUCAAAAGCUGGAAGCAGAUGGUCGCUGAAGCCGGUCGAUGAUGAAGCACUGGUGUCGGUCGUCUCGCGGCUGCAACUGAAGCUCCGAGGCCGUCGAUGGAUCGCUGGGAAACCUGCCCUGCCUGAAGAGGCUAAGCUGAGAGGGCAUCCAUGCAGGUCAAUGAUGAGAUCAGGGGUAUUGGGUUUGUCGGUGUCGGGAAACUGGUGCCGGCGCCCUGCCUCAAUUGUGCUGAGACCUCGCGGGAUGGAACUCGAUGUCGAUGAGCCUGCGUACCAGAGCAGCUUUAGAAAGGAAGCAGGCAGAGGCCGGGUCCAAGAAGCUGAGGAGCCAAAGCAUAGAAGAGGAUUGUGCAAGAUGGGGAGGCUGAACUUGGAAGAAUCAAGAGUGUCAUAUGAGCUGUCCUCUGGCAACGAGGCGCAGCCAUUACCUAUGGGUUCCGAGGCAGGUACAUAUCCCACAAAAGCAGUCGCGCUGACCUUUGUAGCAGGAUCAUCCAGCUCAAGACCAAGGCAAGGCAGCCGUAAGAGUAUUCUGGCUUGCAUGAAAUGCGAUCAACGGAAAGUGGCUUCCUUCGUGAGUCUCCAGCACCUUGGGAGACGAUGCAGGCAUCAAUCAUCAAUUGUUUGGCAAAACGGAGUCACCAUCGAUGAGCGCGAGAAACGUGGUUGCGAUUUACAGUGGUGGGCAGAUCAGCAGUUGACGCAGGAGAAUGUUUUGCUUCAUUCUUCUUCGCCUACACUCCUCGGCCCGAGCUCACAGCAAGUCUCAUCGUCCUUCACUCAUAACAAGGAAAUACCGCAAAGCCAAACCAAAAGCGCAGCACCGCCAGCAACACCACCUUCAUCAGUGAACAUCUUCUUUCAAUCGGUCCCUCCUCUGCUAUUAUACAUGGUCUACCCAGAGUCAGGAGAAUUUGAGAUGUUCUCCCCAUCGUUGAAGCAGAUGGACCAGGCUAUUUCUCGAGCAUGCGACCCAGAGCAAGAGGGCGGUGGUGACCGCCGUUGGCUGCCUCUCUUGAUGUCUCGUGGUCUUCCGUCUGACAACUUGUCUGUCAAUGAUCCUCUUAUCAAGGACAUGGAUCCACAAGCCAAGGCUGACUUCGAGAAAGCUUGGAAGUCUCUUUAUCGCUCCGAAAACUUCAAUACUGGUCAGACGCACUCCUUAAAGGGCUUGCGGAAGCUCACGGCUGGCUCUCAGUUGAUUCGUGGUCCGGGAGGUACUGGCAACACGCAUGUUAUGGUGGAGGUGACCAACUUCAUUGUCGAAAACACCGAUCGCGGAGUCUUCAUCGGUUCACAAAACAAUGCCGUGCUCGACCACAUCGCCCUGUCGCCGUCCGUUGAUAUUGCACCAAACAGGGCCUUGUUUUGCCUCUUCUAUCAAGAUUUGAGCUUUUACAAAAUACAGCCUCUUUUAUUAAUAAAUCUAGGAUAUACUGUCCAGAACAUCGCUUCGAAUCAGCAGUAUAUGAAGAAGACCUGUCCUUCAAGAGCCUGCUGCCAAAUACGAAAAGAUCGCCCUCUUAGUAUACAUGUAAGUGGAUACCAAACCUUGACGAAAGAAGCCGUGUUUGAUGAAAGGCACAGUUUGACGAACUUGCGACGACAGCCCUUACCACUGCUCCAGCGCCAUCCUAAUCUCAAGGUGAUGCGCAUCUCUGCUGUCUCACUGUCUGCCAUCUCCAACUUCACGAAUCAAGAGCAGUACUUGGGAAAGAAGAAAGCCGAUAUCGAUGCGACUAGGCUGGCCAAGGAUCCCAAGGACCAACCCAAGGAUAUUCCUCAGUACGAGAUGCCACAAGACGGUAUGGUCGUGGUCAUGUACCAGGCGUUUGUUAAUCACAACAACAAGCUCACUGGGAGGGGCUGCAAGCUUUCUGAUAUGACUUUGGAGAAGUUUGUUCAAGAAUAUCUCGAUGAUUCGGACGAAGCACCUCUCAUGGCCGAGUUCAUUAAUCAGGAUGGCAGUGCAGGUGGCGAGGCACAGGAUAUGAGAGCAGUCUUCCCAGGGUACGUUUCGAAGCUCAAGAACACCCCUCUGAUGCCUCGAGAUCCUGCUACCGGCGACUACCUCUGGUCAGACGAGGGCAAGAACCAGGUUCGUCAGGCAUACCGCCACCUUGCAGAUGAAGUCAUGGGCUGA